UCUCUCUCCGUCUCCCUCUCUCUCUCUCGCUCUCUUUAUUUCUCUCUCAAUUCUACUAUGGCUGCUGACGUCAGCUCCCUCGUACGGUUACUAAACGGUUACAACGACGAUCGAACGGUGGCGAAAGAAUCCUCUGGAACAAAAUCAACGUCGGCGCCGAUGACUCGCGAUCUCCUCGGAAACAGCAGAGGAGGAGGAGGAGGUGAUCGGUCACUAGAGCUCGACCUCGAUCUUCAAGUCCCCACCGGUUGGGAGAAACGUCUCGAUCUUAAGUCAGGGAAAGUUUAUCUACAACGAUGCAACUCAACGAGCUCAUCGUCGACGAUAACAAACGCAGAGACAUCAAAUCAAACAGUUCCAACGACGUCGUUUCAGGAUUUGAAUUUCCCUCCGAAUCCUCCAACCACUUCCCACGCGAAGCCUUUGCUAAACCUCUUCGACGACACCUCGCCGCCGGAGCUGAAUCUUCUCCCGCCGUCGUCUCGUCCUCUCUCCUUAUCACCGAACCGUAAUUUCCAGAGCGUUUGCACGCUGGACAAGGUGAAAUCAGCUCUGGAGAGAGCGGAGAGAGAUCCGUUUACGCUGAAGAAACGGAGAUCGCCGGAGGAUUGUUCAGUCUCCGAUCAAAGGAAGGAGGUUGCGUCGCCGGUGGCGGCUGGGUGUCCAGGGUGUUUGAGUUACGUAUUGGUGAUGAAGAAUGAUCCGAGGUGUCCGAGAUGCGAUACCAUUGUUUCUUUGCCUACCACGAAGAAGGUUAAGAUUGAUCUCAACAUAUCAAUCUGAAAGUUACGGGGCUUGAUUUGAACAUCUUUUAUUCUUUGGGGGCUUUUGAUGAUAUGUUGUAAAUGAUAGGAAAAAAAUCACGGGGGUUUAUUAUGUAAAACCGAAAAGAAAGACCAAAAAAAAUAUUUGAUGCCAAUGGAUUUUUAUGGGUACUACUUAUUCUGUAAAUGCGUUAGUUGAACAACAACA